GGAAGCUUGUUAUUUCCAGCACUAGCUGCUGUCGUAAAGCAAACAUGUUUGUGAGAUACUGUCCCUGAGCUGGAGUUCAGUGUUUUAUUUAUCAUUUUCAGUAGUUUUGAAUUUUGUUACAUCAUGUACCAAAAUGGCUUUGAAUUCUAAAAGUGAAGAUAUGUUUGAUGUUAUUCUGUUGGCUGACGACAGGUUCCACGUCGAAGGUUACCGGGAAGGUUACGAGGAAGGGACCCGUCAAGGGCUAACUGAAGGAAGAAACCACGGAGGGACCCAUGGAGCCAAGCUUUCACUAGAAAUGUCAUUCUACUACGGAUUUGCUUUGACUUGGAAAUGCCUUCUUCAGAACAGCACAGAGGUCAAUACACAUAGGAAGAAACUCAAAACUCUGGAGACCCUGCUUGCAUUACUCCAGAGCUUUCCAUACGAUGAUGCCCAGUAUGAAAAUCUACAACAAGACAUAACAAAGACUCGUGCAAAAUUCAGACAGGUCUGUUCCCUCCUAAAUGUGCUGACCGAUUUCCGUGAAUUUGUCAGUACAGCUGGAGGGUUGUCCUUUUGAAGGAUUGCUGCUUGCUGGAGCAGGUUAUUAACUCUCACAGUGCACUGAAUAAUAUUUGAGAAGGCCCAGGAUCUCUUUCCAACUUGGGGAAAGUGCUGGAACUAAGGUAGUGUGGGUUGGAGGAGGUCUGUGGAACAGUCGUCAGCUCUAAGGAUUGUUCAUUGUUCUCCUGUUAUCGUACCCUGCAUUUGAACAGGAUUUAUAUACCAAUAAAUAUAUGCUGCUUUCAUGGCAUUGAGCAUCA